AAUCGUCUUCCACUUGUGAUAUUUCAGCCGUCCUCUCUGUGAAGUCACAUGGGCGCUUCAUCUGUCCCGUGACUUUUGUUUAAACAAAUUGAGAGGCAGGCGGUACAGUCCCAGCCGUGCGCGAUCAUAAUCUCUCGGUGGACCGUUACAUAAUAGAUUUAUGUUUUCAUUAGGUCUUGCUGUUUGUUGUUCAUAGUCAGGUCCACGGGGCACACGACGACUGCGCGCUCUUUGCCAUCCUUCAUGUCCCGGGGCCGGGGGGUUGAUCACGAGAUCUGAGGCUGCAACGAAAACUUUCGAAAGCAACUCGACAAGAUGCUCUGAUGAAACAUAUCGGUUUCAGGACAUCAUGCGUGCACAUUGUAAAAACGAGUAGUUUUGUUUACUUGUGGUUUGUGUUGUUUCUCCCUAAAAGCGGAAGUUAUACCGCUUUUAGAUUGGCGUCGCCGCAGUUGUUCAUAAGAACAGGUUCCUCUUUUCAGACCAUGGCAAAUGAGCACUCGCCUCUUCUUGUUCACAGGGUGUACAGCAUGAUGGGUGAUGCUGAAGAUUCCAGGGGUGGAUCAGCAGUGACAGGAGAGGCAUCCCCCAAAUCAAACCCCCGCAAACUCAACGCCGCCUUUGGCGUCAUGGUGCCCACCAUCCUCUCCAUGUUCAGUAUUGUGCUCUUUCUUCGCACAGGUUUUGUAGUGGGUCAUGCCGGUCUUCUCCAUGGUCUCCUCAUGCUGUGUGUGGCCUACUUCAUCAUCUCGUUGACAAUCCUGUCUAUAUGUGCUAUUUCAACUAAUGGAGCAGUGGAAGGGGGCGGGGCCUACUUCUUAGUCAUGAUCAGUCGUUCUCUGGGACCAGAGUUUGGAGGCAGUAUUGGCCUGAUGUUUUACUUGGCGAAGGUAUGUGCGUGUGGCGUUUAUGUACUCGGCCUGGUGGAGGCCAUACUGGACAUCUUUGGGAAGGAUCCAGGCUCUGCUGUGUCACAGGGGCUGCGUGUGUUGCCGCAGGGUUACUGGUACACCGUGUUGUACUCCUCUCUAGUUCUGUUGCUAUGUCUGGUGGUGUGUCUGGUUGGUGCUCACAUCUACGCCAAAGCCUCUUUUAUCAUUCUGCUGGUGGUGACGAUGUCACUGAUCUCUAUCAUCAUCAGCCCCCUGAUACUCAGUCCACAACGCUUCAACAUCACACACACAUACGGCAACAACCACACCGUCACUGUCAACCCCAGCUACACAGGAUUCAACGGCACUACAUUAAAAAACAACCUUGGACCGCAGUACUCUCUGGACUACAGUACCAACACAAUGAUGUCUUUCGCCACUGUAUUUGCUGUGAUGUUCACCAGCUGCACAGGCAUCAUGGCAGGAGCCAACAUGUCGGGUGAGCUGAAGAACCCCAGUGAGUCAAUACCUAAAGGGACCAUCAUUGCAGUGUCAUACACCUUCACUGUUUAUGUGCUUCUCUUCCUGCUCCUGAGCUCUACCUGUGACAGGUGCCGCUUACGACACUCAAGCCACAUGGAAAAACGUGAAAAUUUACAUAAUGCUUUGUUUUCCCUCUUAUUCAUCUCUCCCUUAUGCUUUCUGUCAUUUCCUGGUCUCUCUCUCAGGUUGUUGUUAAUCAAUGAUUACGCAGUGUUUCAGCGGGUGAGUGUGUGGCCUCCAUUCGUGACGAUUGGGGUGUACUGCGCGUCUCUCUCAGCUGCUAUGUGCUCCAUGAUAGGAGCUUCUCGAAUCCUCCAUGCGCUUGCUCUAGACCAGCUUUUUGGUCUGCCUCUGGCUCCGGCUGCUGUAACCUCCAGCUCUGGGAACCCGUGGGUGUCUGUGCUCUACACCUGGGGUCUGGUGCAGUGUACACUGUUUGCAGGACAACUGAAUGUGAUUGCUGGUAUUGUGACAGUGUUUUACCUGUUAGCGUAUGCAGCGGUUGAUUUGGCUUGUCUGGCUCUGGAAUGGGCUUCUGCUCCAAACUUCAGGCCAACAUUUCAGUUUUUUUCUCUUGGCACACGUUUGUUGGGCAUUGUAAGCUGUGUGGUAAUGAUGUUCGUGAUAAACCCAGUGUAUUCCUCAGCCAGUAUUGUGCUGCUGCUGCUCCUCCUACUGUUCCUGCACUACCGCUCUCCCACCAGCAGCUGGGGCUACAUCAGCCAAGCACUUAUCUUCCAUCAGGUGAGGAAAUACCUUCUGAUGUUAGACUCCCGUAAGGAUCAUGUAAAGUUCUGGCGGCCUCAGGUCUUACUGAUGGUGGCGAACCCACGCUCCUCCUGUCAGCUCAUCUGCUUCGUCAACCAGCUAAAGAAAGGAGGGCUGUUUGUUCUUGGGCAUGUGCAGAUUGGAGAUCUGGAUGUGUUGCCAGCAGACCCGGUGCAGCCACAGUAUAAUUUCUGGCUGAGUCUAGUGGAUAAGUUGGGUGUGAAGGCCUUUGUGGAUCUGACUCUCUCUCCGUCUGUCAGGCAGGGCACUCAACAUCUGCUCCGCAUCACUGGACUAGGAGGCAUGAAGCCGAAUACCCUGGUCUUGGGCUUCUAUGACAACUGCUAUCCAGAGGACUACUUCCUGCAGGACCCUGUCUUUUGCGAGGGGGAUAAUUUCGGGGUGGACCUUCCAUCCUUACAGGCUCACUUUCCACCCGUGCGCCACGCCGAGAGCCCUCGCGCUCUGCAGCCCGAGGAGUAUGUGAGCAUCAUCCAUGAUGCCAUAAAAAUGGGCAAGAACGUUUGUUUAGGCCGCUACUUUUUCCAGCUGCCGCCUGAGAGCAAAGGUGUUGCAUACAUAAGGGGAAAUGACAAUAUGGACACCGUUGACGUGUGGCCGACAAACCUACUGUCCCCAGGCAGUGCCAGUUACGCAGACGUGUCCAGUCUUUUCCUGCUUCAGAUGGCGUGUGUGUUAAACAUGGCCAACAGGUGGCGCCGUGCAAGCUUACGUAUAUUUGUCUGUGUGGCAUCAGAAUCGGGAGACCAGGGCUGGCUGGCCAAUGAGGAGCAGUUUAGAGAGUUGCUGGGAAUGCUGAGGAUUCGUGCCGCCAUUAAGAUUGUGGCAUGGGAUAACGUGGCACGCAUGUUUAGAGGGCCAAAUUCAGAGUCUCAAAAAGUGUCGGAGGAUUUCCUGUGUGCCGUGAACGCCUUGCUGAGAGAACACAGCUCUACGGCAGCAGUCCGCUUCCUGUAUUUGCCCCAUCCUCCCUCCAGUUCUGAGCUGUCACAGCAGUACCUGACGCAGCUGGAUACGCUGACGCGAGACCUGGGCCCAACUCUCUUGAUUCACGGGGUCACACCUGUCACAUGUACUGAACUCUGAGAAACAAUAACCAAAACAUGUUUGUGUGAUAGAGAGGAACAUCUGACAUGUUAGUGAGGGGACUACAAGUGUAUUUGAUUCCUAAUAUUCUCAAAUGGCGGAUGAUUUUGAGGACCAUAUUUCAUAAAUUGGUGAAUUAUGUGCUCUUGGUGAAAAUGUUAUUUAAAAACAGAUGGAUGGAGUUUGUGUUAUUGGUGAAAACUGCCGAAUCAUCGUGCGCAGUUAUUUUUGUGUUCUCCAUGCGCCUCUGUCUGUUCUCAUUAACAGUAAGUUUAGAGUUGGUGGAAAGUGAGUGCUUGCAUAUCCUGUGAUCCAUGUUUAUGUGUUUGUGAAAAGUGUGAA